AUGGAUGCCCACGUGGACCUCCUGACAGAGCUGCAGCUGCUGGAUAAGGUGCCCACGCUGGAGAGGCUGCGGGCAGCCCAGAAGAGGAGGGCUCAGCAGCUGAAGAAAUGGGCUCAGUAUGAGAAGGAGAUGCAGCACAAGAAGCGGAAGCAUGAGAAGAAGAGAACUGCUGUGAACCGAAAGAAGGUGUCUUUUGAAGCCAGUGUUGCUCUGCUGGAGGCUUCUCUGAGGAACGACGUGGAGGAAGUGUGUUACUUGCUGAAGAGCAACAUCAGCCCCGACCUGUGCAAUGAGGAUGGAUUAACUGCGCUGCAUCAGUGCUGCAUAGACAACUAUGAAGACAUAGUCAAGCUUCUCCUCAACCAUGGGGCCAAUGUCAACGCGAAGGACAACGAGCUGUGGACUCCACUGCAUGCAGCCGCUACGUGUGGUCAUAUCAACCUGGUGAAGAUCCUCAUCCAGCAUGGAGCUGACCUGUUGGCAGUAAAUGCAGAUGGCAACAUGCCAUAUGACCUCUGUGAAGAUGAGCCAACUCUGGAUGUCAUUGAGACUUGCAUGGCCUAUCAAGGGAUUACCCAGGAAAGGAUCAAUGAGAUGCGUGCUGCUCCGGAGCAGGUCAUGAUCUGUGACAUUCAUGACAUACUUGCAACUGGGCAAGACCUGAACAGGACAGAUGCCCAAGGUGCUACACUGCUGCAUAUAGCUGCAGCCAAUGGUUAUCUGCAUGCAGCUGAAGUCCUUCUUGACCAGGGGGCAAGCCUGGACGUUAAGGACUGGGAUGGCUGGGAACCUCUUCAUGCUGCUGCUUUCUGGGGACAGAUGCAGAUGGCUGAAUUGCUUGUGUCCCAUGGAGCUAGUUUGAGUGCCAGGACAUCUUUGGAUGAGAUGCCAAUAGAUCUGUGUGAAGAGGAGGAAUUCAAAGUAUUGCUUCUGGAGUUGAAACACAAACAUGAUGUGAUCAUGAAGUCUCAGAUGAGGCAUAAAUCCUCCCUGAGUCGAAGGACCUCCAGCACUGGCAGCCGGGGGAAGGUGGUGAGGAGGGCCAGCCUCUCGGACAGAACCAACCUGUACAGGAAGGAGUGUGAGAAAGAGGCUAUCAUCUGGCAGCAACUGGGGGCUGCAGAAGAAGGAAGAAACUCGGGGCUCAUUGGAGAAAUUGGGGAGACUCGUUCUGACCAGGAGAAUACAGACCCUAAUUCAGUGCUGGAGGACUCCUCCCUCCUUCCGGAGCUGGCAAACAAAGGCAUCCAGUGUGAGACUGAGAUACCCCUCCAGAACGGACUGAUGGCAUCUGCCAGCCCUUACCAGUACACCUUUACCAAUGGGGACAUUUGGAGUAUGCACACUGACCCUGAGAGUAACCCAGGCCACAUGCUGCCCUAUGGCAACCCUGUGCUCCCUGACACUCAGCAGUUCUGGGGUGCCUACAAGGAGCACAACCACCAAACGCUCUCGGAACUGAAGCGGCAGCGAGCUGCAGCCAAACUCCUCCACCACCCCUUCCUCAGCACCCACUUCAGCACUGGCAUGGGAGGAGUUGCUGAGAAUGUGGGUGAGGCCAAGUCACACCUAAUCGAAUCCAGGACUUCUCCCUACAGCUCCAAUGGGACCUCAGUGUAUUACACAGUGUCCAGUGGUGAUCCACCGCUCUUGAAAUUCAAAGCUCCCAUGGAGGAAAUGGAAGAGAAGGUGCAUGGGUGCUGCAGAAUUUCCUAG